AUGAACGCGAUAAAGAAGAAGCUGCAGACGCUGAAGGUGGAGAAGGAGCUGGCGAUCGACCGCGCGGACUCGUGCGACCAGCAGGCCAAGGAGGCCAAACGCCGCGAGGAGCUGCUGCGGGACCAGGUGAAAGAGCUGGAGAAGAAGCUCGCGCAGAUGAGGGCCGAUCUGGAGGUCAGCCGGAUGCAGCUCGGCCAGUCGAACGCCAGCCUGGCCUGCAAGGAGAAGGCCUAUUUCAUGGUGCAAUCGGAGCUGGCCAUGUUGAACCGCAAGAUGCAGCAGUGCAUGGCGAAUCUGGAGAAGUCGGAGGAGCGUCGCAACGUCGCCCAGAUGAAGCUCGCCCAAGCGCUGCACACAGUGGAGGACACCAAGCGAAUCUGCAGGGUGCUGGAGAAUCGCAGCAAGUUGGACGAGGAGAGAAUGGAUCUGCUGACGGCGCAGCUGAAGGAGUCGAGGAUCGAAACCGAGGACGCCGACAACAAGUCCGAGACCAUCUCCAGACAGCUGGCCCUUGUCGAAGACGAGCUCGAAGCCGUCGAGAGGAGGGUUAAGACCACCGAAUCAAUGAUCAAAGAGAAAGAGGAUAAACUCUUCAUAAUGAACAACAUUCUCAAGUCUCUGGAGGUCUCGGAGGAGAAGGCCAAUCAGCGAGUGGAGGAGUUUAAGAGCCAGCUAAAGAGUUUCAAGUCGCGACUGAACGAGGCGGAGAAGCGAGCGCUGUUCGCCGAGAAGUCCGUCAAGUCGUACUUGGCCGAGCUCGAUCUCAGGGAAGAGCGACUACGCAAGCAGAAGGAGAAGUUUAAGUAUAUCUGCGACGACUUGGACUCGACGUUCGCCGAGCUGACGAGCUACUGAGAAAAGAGGCGGAUGGCCAUCUUCUUCUUUAUUUCUCUCGCUGCUGGCUCGCCACGUCUAUUCUCGGCGCCGAGACUUCUGCUAUUUUCUUCUGCCCACCUUCCAACCAUCAUCGCGCGACCUCUCGCUCGAUUAAAUGCCACUUGAAGCCACUCUUUUUUCCUUCUCGUUUCAUUGUCUUUUUUCGUUUGUUCGUCGCAGCAAUAAAAUAUCUCGCAAACAGAUUUUCCUACGACGAUUAUUCUCUCUUUGCGUCUUUGACGUGUCUACGUGUCGACAACGUUCUCGCGCCA